AUGCCAAAAAAAGGACCUGAUUUCGAACAAACAGGUGACAGCGAGAAACAAAAGUCCGGUAAGAGCACCAUGGGUGAAAAUUCUACGUCUAGGCUUUACACUAAUCUAUUGAUUGCCAAUUAUCUCAAGCGUAACGGUUUAGAAGACUCACUGACUGCAUUCAUAAGGGAGACAGCGCUACCACUCUCCGCCUUAGAAAAGACUAAAAGUUCAUAUAGUAAUGUUGGUGAGAUACCACUAGAAGACCUACAGAGCGUUAUUGAAGAUAGGAUUUACUACAAAAAACUAUCAUUCGAAGAUAGGCUAAAAAAUCUUUCAAUAAACGAUGAUUUAGCCCCAAUUGACAAUGCUAAAUAUGGAAUCCAAUCUUGGAACUAUAGUUUGAAAUUUUCUAUUGAUGUUAAAUUGAACGAAGCCUUACCCAAAGAUACGUUGUUUAUUAGCACAACCUUUACAGAAGACGGCAAGUAUUUAUUACUGUCGUCAGCUACUGGAGAUUUAGUAGCCUACGACAUUAGGAAAGCGACGUCGAAGUCAUUUAAAAUUAAUGAAAAAGUUAAGAGCAUUGUCAAGCUGUGCGGAUCUAUUGGCAGUUCCGGUUACCACUACGUCUGCCCAAUGAACGGAAGCUUCUACUUGCUAAAUAAGAAUUUUGAAGUGAUUCCCAACGGGGUAUGGAAAAUUCAUGCGAGAAUGAUUACGCAUAUAAAGAUCUGCAAUGUUACGGAGUCGUCUUGGUUUAUUAUUACUAGUGGGAUGGAUAAUUUCUUGCGUCUGAGUUUGUUGGAGAUAAAAGACGGGAGCCCUUUUUUCACACAACUUUCUGAAAUAAAGCUAGCUUCCAAUUGUACGUCGUUGAAUGUUAUCGCCAACGGUGGUAACAGUGGUCGUCGUAACAGUUUUUCGGUGUUUCUUACCAGAGCGGAAUUCACUCAUAUAGCAUGUUACUCAAUUAUAGAUGCAAAAAAUCUUGUUCAUUCAUACAACAUUGCCUUGAACAAUGCAGAAUUUAGCACGUACGCUUUCAACAUUCGAGAUGUAAUAGUAGUAGAUUUUGUUCAUUCUAAUAAUGAAGAUACGGUAAAAUUAACGCCCAGUACCAUGCUAGUGGUGGCCACGUCACAUAAACCCUACAUGAGAUUGGUUUUAGUAGAAAUACCUAUGAAUAUAGGCUAUUCAAUGUCGAUGGAAUUGGGUGAGGUUCAGACUUACUACGAUAAAAUUAUAAGAAAUUUUGCUACAGAAAUAUGUCAAGAUGAUUUCUCGUUACCAAUUCUCCGGAAGUUGGACUCUUCUAAUGGUAUAUUGGUAGGAAAUGAUGAAGGUAUCUACAGUGUUGAUUUGAUGACUGGUGAUUCCAGACUUUUAAAUAUUCCGAAUAAGGCGAACUUUUUGCAUAAUAGGAUAAAAUGUAUGGAUGUGAGUAGGGACCAAAUGAGGGUUGUCGCUGGAACGUCUACGAAGUCAAUUUACAUCAUAAAAGUAAUUAAAAAUGUAUACUAG